CAUAUCUGGUGAAUCUCUUCACAGUAAAAUAAAUAAUGAGGCUUGGUAGUUUAGACAAGAGAUACUUGGUCUUCCACGACACAUGAUCUGCGCCUUGAAUUCAUGAAGUGGAGCAAUGCCUCUGUUCCUAAAACUUUUACCGAGGAUUGGCACUCAUGGGAUUCCAAGACAAGUUCAGGGUGCCUGGCAUUCAGUCAUCAGACAUUCAUCUGAUGUGCUUUAUGAGCAGGGGCAAUCCCCAGAGCCAAAAAUUAGAGAAUACUUCUAUUACAUCGAUCAUCAGGGAAUGUUAUUUCUGGAUGAUGCAAAGAUGAAGAACUUCACCUCUUGCCUCAAAGAAAAAAAGUUCCUGCGCUUCUUCUUUCGCCAAAUUCAUCACAAUAAAACUGGACGCUACAUGGACAGCUUUCCAUGGCUUUCUCCUUGUGGACUUGAGAGAAACUUCAUCCGUUGUGAUGACACUCCAAUAGUGUACACCCAUUUGAUCAAGAGGGACUCUUGGUAUGACUUUGGCUAUGCCCACGCAGGAGAAUAUCUUGUGACCCCAUUUGAACCAGAUCGAGUGUGCAUGUUGCCUCAAACAGGAAGAAUUUACCAUCCAGCUGCUGAAAAAGUGGGUGGAGUGGGACUAAUUCGUUCUGGCCUUGCCAUUGAGUUCAGUACCCAUUUCAAGUUUGAAAAUGGGGACCAAAAUCCUCCAACACAUUUCACUUGGGAUGGGAAAACAUAUGAACUGAAGAAUGACUUGGUGGAUAUACUAAUGCAAGACCCCAAUCGUCUUGAAAAACAUGGUUGAUGUUUCCAUAUGAACAUCUCUGUCACACUGGUUGUUCUUUCAUUGUGUGCUUUAUAAGUACAUCAAAUGUGCAAAAAUGAAGGGAGAGGUUAUGCAUAAACAAAUUUAAU